GGGAUCUGGACGCGGUCAUGAAGGCUGCUCGGGUGGCUGAGGCGGGAGUGGAGCGAGCGGCUGGCGGCGUGUGAGUGAUACUACUCUUGAGAUUCUGGAAAUAAUGGCAGAAGAGGAACUUCGAGACAUAAUAGAAAAAUGUCAAAUUCUAGAUGAGGAGGAAUUUAAAGGCGAAGACUUUCAUCUCUUUCAAGUUGCAGGGCAGAAGUGCUUGGAAGAAGGCUAUACAGCUGAAGUGUUGGAAGUAAUUCAAAAUGAGAAAAAUAGGGCUAUUGUUAAAAUUAUGGGCUGGAAUCUGCUUGGCCCUUUAACCAGGUGCAUACUGAAGCAUAAAGAAGGUGAUGUGAAGAGAGAACACUGCCUAAAAAUGCUAGAUAAAUUGACAGAGUUGUGCAUCCCAAAAGAGCUUGUGCUGGGUUUUCUAGAGCAGAUCGAACAAGCCUCAAGAACACAGACAUCCCAAACAGUUUUGCUUUUGCUUAAGCCCCUGCAGGAAGUGCUUCUGAAACUUCAUAAUAAGAAAGCAUAUUCGUUGGGGUUGUCAUUGUCUACCAUUUUGAACCAGCUGUCACAUCUACCAGUGCCUUACACAAAACAACAACUCCAAGAAGAUGAGCAUGGACUCUGCCGGUGUUGCAACGAUUUAACACAUUUUGUUAAACCUUUUGUGGAUGACGUUGUUCAACAUUUGGCGGCUUCAUUAGGUGGAGAGUACAAAGAUAUGAAGGAGGAGUUACUAGGAUUUUGUCUGAAAAGCUUGGAAUAUCCCCUGUUAAUGGCAGAUCUUGAUCAACUGCCUGAAGAAACUCUCCAGCAUCCACUAAGGCAGUUUGCUGCUGACAUACUAGGCAUUUUGAUUAAUAUUAAAGAAUUGUUUCCAAGAGUGUUUCUUUGGCAUGGAUGCAGAAACAAAAACUGGGAUAAUGAGGAUCUAUUGGAAAUGGAGAAAGAAAAAUCUGCAGAUUCUUUGGCAUGUCUGUCUUACAUAGUUUUUGUUCAGGAUGGCUUUGAUAUGGACUGUCUUCCAGUAGUCUUCAGGCCAUCAUAUAUUCUGCAAUGCAACAUGGUGCACAUUAGAGUUCUGUUGAAAAGGACAGAAGAAUCUGUGUUAUCAAAAGGACUUGCUCUACUGGAGAACUGCCUACUAAGGCUGGAAGACAAAAGCCUUUUCCUUGAGCACUUGGAAUUCAAAGGGUUUAUCACAACUCCUCAGGAUUUGGUAAAGGUCAUUACACUGUGCCCCUUUGAACCUCUGAGAAAGAAGAGUUUAAAGAUUUUACAGCUUUAUAUAGACAAAUUUGAUGAAGAAGGAAAAUACACGUUGUUCAGGUGUUUGUUGAAGACAAGUAAACAUUCCGGUGUGGAAGGGUACAUCAUUCAAAAUAUUAAAAAUCAAAUUGAUUUAGCCUUGCGGAGGCCAGAAGGCAGCAAGUUUUUUACUGGAUUCUCAUUGGUCUCGCUGCUUGACAUGGCACUGUCACUUCCUGAAGGUGCUGAAACAGAUCUCCUCCAAAAUUCAGACAGGAUUAUGGCAUCACUAAAUCUGCUGAGAUAUUUAAUAAUUAAAGAUAAUGAAGAUGAUAAUCGAACCUGUGUGUGGACAGAACUUUAUAAGAUUGAGCGAACUUUCUUGAAGCCCUUACAUGUUGGACUUAAUAUGUCAAGAGCACAUUAUGAAGCAGAAAUAAAGAAUAAAAAAGAAAACAGAGAAUCCUACAGUUCUAAGUCUUGCUCUGUAAAGGUACCUGGGGAAAAGAUGCCUGCCAUGACAACUGAAAUGGAGCUUAAAGUUCUUCGUUCAGCUCUUUUCACAUUUGAUUUAAUAGAGAGCGUUCUGGCCAGAGUAGAAGAACUCAUUGAAACCAAAACACAACCUGUAACUGGAGAAACUACUGGGAUCAAGUGAAGAAUUUUAUUUUCCAUAUUCCUGUUUCACAUCAAACAUUGUAUUUAUACUUCCUGCAUUAUGACUUGAAUAUAUAAAGUACCAAGCUUUAAACAUAGACAAAGUUGUAAUACUGGCUGCUAGGGAACAAGGCUCAAUAAUAUUUUUACACCUCCAGAAGUUCAAAGAAGUGUUAGGUCAUUUGGCAUAUUUUCAAAAUACAAAUGUUACACUAGAAAUCUGAUGGUGAUUUCACACGUUAGCAAAUUCCUCCUUGUACAUUCAUCAUUCCUGGAUACAAGUUUUACCCAGAGCAUCCCUAAUGCAGUCAGAUAAUAGCAGGUAUACUUUGUUCACUGAUUUGAAAGAAUACUUCAAUCAAAAAAUAUCAACAUGUGUUUCCAUUCAUGGAGAAAAUAAGUAAAAUUUUUUUUUUAGAAAAGUAGCAGCAGAACUGAAUGAAGAACAACUUGAGCUCAAAUUAUAUAAAAGUAAUCAUGCACAUUUUAAAGUCCUCCCAAAGGUUACUCUUCAUUGCUCUUGAAUAAAGUUUGUUCACUCAAAAUGCAGUUUAAGAAUAUUGAGAUACCCAUUUCUUCUCAGGCUUAAAUAAAACAGUAUUUAUAUUUUACAUUUUAAAUACUUGAAAGAAAAAGAAAUCUAACUGAACAAUAAUAGGGAUUUGACAGUUAUACAGGAAAUUAAACUUUAACAAAUUAUACACAGAUGUUCAUGCUGACUGUAUCUGAUACAGAAUGAUGUUUUCCAAACUGACAUACUUAUUUCUUUGUGGGUGUAGCUUUUUAUAGCACAGAAUUGAGAUUGUAUUUUGCAAAUAAAUAUGGUCAACAUUUUGA